UUCUUUAUUUGGGCGUUUGUGUGAUGCCCUCUGAUAUUUUUGUUUUCUUCUUAAUUAUGUUCACUUUUUAAUUGGAAAUGGUAAAUACUAAGAGCGAGUAAAGUGUGUCGCAGUUUGAGAACCGCCGUUGAUACGAUUGGAACUUGCUUUAAUAUUGUGGAUUUAAUUCUGUAUGACUGUAAACUCAAUUUGAUGUUGGACGGAAUCGAAAUCCUAUAUACUAAAACAGCAAAUGGCAGUUCAAAUGCUAAUCACAAUGGACAGAAAUAUAUAAUUGAUCGGAAAAACUUUGUGGAUAGAGCGCUCAAGGAUUUGAAGAUAGUAUCGAAGCACGCACAAAACAUUAAAUUUGCUAACAACACGAAAUAUAGACGCAACAUAGUUUCAUCUCUCAUCGAGUUUUUCAAAACCCAAAAAUGUGUUCACGUAAAAGAAAUAGGACUUCAUAAGUUUUCUUUUGAACAAGUUCUUACGAUUCUCCCAUGUUUUGAUGCUAAACAGCUCAAAAAUAUUGACUUGUCGGGGAUUAAGUCAAUUUAUCAAUUCGAAAGAAUAACCGAUUUGAAGCAAUGGCAAAAUGCAGAAGAACUUAGAAUUUUUAUUCCUUUUUCUAAAAUUUCCAGUACAAUAAUUGUUCAUUUGUUUCAUUUUCAAUGCUUCAGUAUUCACUAUGUGGGCAAAGUUUCCGUUCAAACCGCGAUACAAAUGAGAGAGGACCUUUUGAGAAGAAGUACAUUUCAAAGUUGCGAGAUAACUUUUGAAAAAUCCAAGUCAAAUCCAAUUGAACUUGCAAAAGUAUUCAAACUGGACUAUGCCGGCGGCAAUGAGUUUAAGAUUGAAUUUUCAAAUUGUAACAACAAAUUCGACAUUUCGCUUAAAGAGUUUUCGUGGUGUUUUGUAUUGAAUGUGGAAAGAUUGUGAAAAUCCCUUUCAAUUUGAUUUUAAGUGAGAAUGUCUGACCAAGUUUUUUCCUAGCUUUUGUUUUUUUUUUUUGAAAACGAAUAAUACCCAUUCUCGUUCUUGUUUAUUGUUUUAUUUUUUGUGAAUAAAUUUAUAGACUCUUGA